AUGCACACUAACGUGGGCAGCAGAGUUCUCGAUGAAGAAGGGUUUCUAGGAAGAUUUCCCCAUCCAGUCUAUUAUGAUGAAGACGGAAUUGCCAAUGUACUUGCUAUGCGCGAGAUGAUUGCUGCAGGAUACCGCAUUACCAUGGAUACUGAUUUUGACAAUGCCUUCGUUGUGCAUUGCGAUGGAGACAGACAGAUCCGACUUGUGAAUUGUAAGGGUGUAUAUGUGUUGGAGCAACUUGGAGCGGAUGUCAAACCAGGUGCCAAAGAGAUAAGUGCAAUGUAUUGUCGCCAGUUAAGCAGCGUAAAUAAACAACCCCAUUUCGAACUUUCUUCAAAACAGAAUGGAUAUGCUGGACUCGGGAUGACUGCAAAGAUGGCAACGGUUCGAAAGAACAAGGAAGGAUUCACUCCAAGACAAGUCAAGGCUGCAAUGGAAGCGAGAAGUGCGAUGCACAUACUCAAUGCUCCAAGCACCAAAAGUCUGAAGUAUGCGAUCCGAUCUGGUCUCAUCAAGAACUGUCCUAUCACUGAAGAAGCGAUCAACCAUGCCAAAGCAAUCUUUGGACCUGACGCAUCUACAUUGAAAGGCAAGUCAACAAGACCAACUCCGAAGAAGACACACGAUGACUUCUUCACAUUGGAUAAGAUAUUCCGCCGCUGCAAUAAGGCAGGCUUUCAUGUCAAGACAAUCAAGUGUGAUCAAGCUUUCAUCCCUCUGACGGAUGAUAUGCUAGAUGAUAUGGGUGUUACUCUUGACCCAACUGCAGCUGGAGACCACGAGCCUACAGCUGAGCGAUACAAUUGA